AUGGAGCCAGGCAGGACUCAGAUAAGGCUCGAUCCCAGGUACACAGCAGAUCUUCUGGAGAUUCUGAAAACCAAUUACAGCGUUCCCUCUGCCUGCUUCUCUUACCCUCCCACUGCAGCCCAGCUUCUGAGAGCAUUGGGCCCUAUGGAAAUUUCCCUCAUGGUCAUCAUGACCUUGCUUGUCCUGGGCUCAAUAGCCAUCUUCCUGGAGGCUGCUGUCUACGUGCACAAGAACACUCGCUGCCCUAUCAAGAGGAAGACCCUGCUCUGGUGCAGCUCUUCACCCACGAUAGUGUCUGCAUUCUGCUGCUUUGGUCUCUGGAUUCCUCGUGCCCUCACACUUGUGGAAAUGGCCAUAACUGCGUUUUACGCAAUGUGCUUUUACCUGCUGAUGCAGGCCAUGGUGGAAGGCUUUGGUGGGAAGGAGGCAGUACUGAGGACACUGAAGGACACCCCGGUGAUGAUCCAUACAGGCCCCUGCUGCUGCUGCUGCCCCUGCUGCCCCCGAAUCAAGAUCACCAGGAAGAGACUUCAGCUGCUGCUGUUGGGCCCCAUCCAGUACGCCUUCUUCAAGAUAUCACUGAGCCUGGUGGGCCUGUUUCUCAUCCCUGAUGGCAUCUUUGACCCAUCAGACAUUUCUGAGGGGAGCACAGCUCUAUGGAUCAACACUUUCCUCGGUGUGUCCACCCUGUCGGCUCUGUGGACCAUAGGCAUCAUUUUUCGUCAAGCCAGGCUGCACCUGGGCGAGCAGAACAUAGGAGCCAAAUUUGUUCUGUUCCAGGCACUCCUUAUUCUGUCUGCCCUGCAGCCAUCCAUCUUCUCAGUCUUGGCCAAUGGUGGGCAGAUUGCUUGUUCGCCUCCCUUUUCUUCUAAAACCAGGUCUCAAGUGAUGAACUGUCACCUCCUCAUCCUCGAGAGUUUUCUGAUCACUGUGCUGACACGAAUAUACUACCGAAGGAAAGAUGACAAGGUUGGAUAUGAGCCUUUCUCUUCUCCAGACCGGGAUGUGAACCUCAAAGCCUGA